GAGAAACAUAACCUUUGUAAUGAAUUAAACUCAUUAUGAAUUCUAACUCAGUGAAAUUAAGAUCAAGUGGAUGCCUAGCUAGAACAAAAUCAAAGGGCGGCCAUGGCCUAUCGAGUCCUCCAAAUUUUCAAGUUACCGGCUGCUUGUGUUAGGAGCUACCCCAGCCGUUUGUGAUAUUGACGUACACACGUUUGCUUGAAAUUGAUGCAUAUAUGAACUUAAAAAAAAAAUACGAUGUAUAUAUGUCACACUUCCAUGGCAAGAAAUCGGCCCCUGAAAUGUAUUAAAGAACAAUAUCCACCAUAAUCUGUCCAGAAAUCAGUGAUCUUAGUACAAGUUCGUCUCCUUAUUUACUUCAUCAACUUGAUCAAGAAACAAAUUAAACCUCAAGCCUCAAGGUCAUAGUAAAUCUAGUUGUCGUCGUCCCAAAUUAUUUUCCAACGAUGGCUCAUGCUAAUUCUAGCUACACUUGUAUCUUUGUCACAACUUUAUUCAUUUUCAUGAUAGCUAGCCCUCGAGCAGACGCUGCUGGAACUUCCGUAGCCUUACUUGUAAGAGUUGACCAAUCAGGGAAGGGAGACUAUAGGAAGAUACAGGACGCCAUUGAUGCCGUGCCAUCCAACAACAAAGAACUUGUCUUCAUAUUGGUUAAGCCCGGUAUCUAUAAAGAAAAGAUUGUCGUGCCUGCUGACAAGCCUUUCAUUACAGUAAGUGGUUCACAGGCAAACAGCUCGAUAAUAACUUGGAAUGAUAGUGGGGAUAUAUUUGAAUCUCCUACCUUUACUGUGUUGGCUUCAGAUUUUGUUGGCCGAUACCUCACAAUUCAGAAUACAUUCGGAUCUGGGGCUAAAGCAGUUGCAUUAAGGGUAUCUGGAGAUAGAGCAGCUUUCUUUGGAUGCAAAAUUUUAUCUUAUCAGGAUACGCUGCUAGAUGAUACUGGAAGACAUUAUUACAGCAGUUGUUACAUUGAAGGAGCCGUUGACUUCAUUUGUGGGAAUGCUGCUUCCCUUUUUGAGAGGUGCCAUUUGCAUACAUUCUCAGAAGCAGAUGGAGCUAUCACAGCCCAACGAAGGGAGUCUCCUUCAGAGGACACAGGCUUUACCUUCUUGGGUUGCAAGAUCACUGGCGUCAGGACUGCUGUACUAGGAAGGCCAUGGGGUGCAUAUUCCAGGGUCGUUUUUGCCCUAACCUAUAUGUCUAAUGUGAUACUACCCCAGGGAUGGGAUGACUGGGGAGACUCGUCCAAGCAAAGCACGGUGUUCUACAGAGAAUAUAAAUGUUAUGGACCUGGAGCCGAUACAAAGAAAAGGGUCCAAUGGUCAGAAAAGCUGACGGACAAAGAGGCAGAGUUUUUCUUGACAAAGAACAUGAUUGGUGGCAAGAGUUGGAUCAGGUCUACGCCUACACGUUUCAGGAAAGCUUCAACUGCCAUUUCUAACAAUUCAACCGGACAUGCCUGAUCCUGAAGAAUAUUACUGUUCAGCUCAUGUUGUAGUGAUGUUGAUUGGUUUGUUCUUGCACAUAUGUUUC